AUAUGCUUAAAAUUUUCCGUAAAAAAUAUGCUCCACAAUUAAUAGCGGACUGAAAGGACGAGUGAACGAAAGCCCUUCCAAAUUCCAAUCCAUGGCUUCCUCUCUCUCACUGUUGACUUCUUUACCUAAGCCGUCAUUUCCGCCUUCUAUCUCAUCCAAUCAUCAUCGACGGCGGAUCUCCUUCGUCCGUUCUUCACUCUCUACCCAGCCCUUGGUGGCCGGCCCCGAUGACCUCGUCUCCACCAUUCUAUCCAAGGUUAAGGGGACAGAUCGAGGAGUUCUGCUUUCAAAAGAUGGCCAUAGAGAGGUAUCGGAUGUUGCACAAAAGCUGCAAAAGUACUGCGUUAGUGAGCCUGUUAAAUGCCCUUUGAUAUUUGGAGAGUGGGAUGUGCUAUAUUGCUCGGUUCCAACUUCUCCUGGAGGAGGUUAUCGGAGUUCUUUUGGCCGUCUUUUUCUCAAUGCAAAAGAGAUGGUGCAGGUCGUUGAAGCUCCGGAUAUUGUUCUGAACAAAGUUUCUUUCUCUGUUCUUGGGUUCCUCGAUGGAGAAGUUUCCUUGAAAGGCUGCUGGCCGGGUUCAUCCCCCUCUGUUUUGCCCCUUCGGUUCCUCUGCCUGCCCGGUUCCUUCCCCCUGGCGUUGGCUGUUCGUUGGAUGUGUCCCGCUGGCCUUUCGGGUGCUGCUCCAUUCGGUUGCCUGUUGGCCUUCUGCCACCCCUUUGCUGAUUGGAUAGUGUGGGCGGCUGCUUGGGUUGUUUGGCUCCCUCUCCUUUCCUAUAUAUAGUGGCUGUUUUGUGGCUUUUGGAGGCAGUUUUUGGUGAGUGAAGAUAUCUAAAAAUUUGAGGAUUUCUUCUUGGAUAGCUUGUGAACUAUUUCCACCUCUCUUCUCAUCUCUUUGAUUUCGUCUCGGGCUUCUUACCUACUUCUUCUCUCCACAAGUUUCCACCCCACUUGUAUCUUUUUUCUCAAACUUUUGAAGGUGUUGGUUGGCCAGUUUGGUAGCAUUUGCCGGAGGAGUUUGUGGUGGACGUUGGUCCAAAUUGCUGUGGUGGACCUCUGGUUUGCAUGUCUUUGAGCACUUAUUUUUUUCCUACUAUUUUGAUACAAGUGAGGUGACUGCUAAUUGGUUGUUCUGAGGGUAGUUUUUUUUUUUUUUGUCUAACUUUUGUUUUGGAGGUGUGUUUGGUGUUGGCCUAUUAAAAUUUGAGUUGAGAAAAAUUCUUCUUUCCUAAGUGUUCUCCUUUUGAUCUUUUUUAAUCUAGUUGUCUACAUCACCUAGCAUGUGUCAUCCAUUCAUUUGAUAAGUGUCCAACUUUUAGGUAUUAGAUUUGACUUAUAUUAAGAAAGGUAGAGGUAGACCUAAAAAGACUUGGUUAGAAAAUAUUAGAAAUGAUAUUUCUUUAUUAGAUUUAAAUGAGAAUUUGACCUUUAACAACACACAAUGGAGAAAAAUGAUUCAUGUAGCCGACCCUGCGUAGUGGGAUAAAGGCUUUAUGUUGAUGUUGAUGCAUGAAGGUAUAUAUUACAAAUUAUGAUUGUAGUGAUAUAAGUUAGGAAUAUGAAAAUUUUAAAACAUAAUAAUCUAAAUGUGUGUGUGUGUGUGAGAGAGAGAGAGAGAGAGAGAGAGAGAGAGAGAGAGAGAGAGAGAGUAAGGGAUAAUCUAAAAUAAAAUUUGUGUGAAAUAAUUUGUAUCCAACAAGUAAUCUUCUUCACAUGUUCCAGUAUUGUCUAGUAGGCGUUAAAAAAGCUCAAAAAAAAAAAAAAAAAAAAAAAAAAAAAAAAAAAAAAA